ACACACACACUAUACCUUACACCCUACAUUACAUUGAAAGCUCAAGCUGAAGUUAAAAUGCCAGCAGUAGAGUGAAAGAGCCAAGAAUGAGCGAAGGUCUGUUGUUACUACUGAUGUCAGUCCUACUUUUGCCUGGGCAUGUGAUCAUUUCUGAUGGAUCUGCUCUCAGGCCAGAACUUACUGGGCCGAGUAUGGCCUUUCUGAAAUCUAAAGUAACGUUUGAAUGUAAGGUAUCAGAAGUACCAUCAUCUCUGACCUUUGAAUUCAUAAAGGGCAAUGACGAGGUCCUUGUCACAAGCAAUGAUUCAAUCACAUUUCCUCUAAAAGUCAAGAAGGGUUCAGAAGGCGAGUAUUUUUGCAGAGUGACAGCAAGAAAUCAAACAAGCACAAGCAAUCCAGUGCACUUACAAGUAGUGAUUCCUGUCCAAGGUGUCUAUUUAGCCCCAGAACCCAGCCCGCCUGUCAUCUAUGAGGGGGCAGGGUUUAAUCUGAGCUGUGUGGCCAGAAAAGGGACUCACCUCAAUUACUCAUGGUACCACAACAAGCAGGACGUGACCUCAUCCUCACAUCUUCAUCAUUUUGUUGGAAAUGCUCUGACAGUAGAUGGGGCUGCUGAAAGGCAUGCUGGGAAUUACUCAUGUGUGGCCAAAAACAUGCUGGGGAACAACACUUGGGUCUCCAGCAGUCUGCCGGUCACUGUUGUAGUAAAAAAAUACCUGUCAGCUCCCAGGCUGUCAUUCAAACUUUUCCAUGAUGGCUCGGGUUACUAUGCUAACAUCAGCUGUCGGUUGGCCUAUGGUAGCCCUCCAGUGACGUUCCAACUGCUCCUGAAUGGGAAGCAUGUUGACGUGAUGCAGGUGGAUUUACUGGAAGCUUGGUUUUCUCAGCCCGUCACUGUAGGACUGGAUAUGGGUCGAGUACAGUGUAUAGCAAAGAAUGACAUCCAAUGGCUUCCCAGUAACUCAAUAGAUCUGGAAGUAGUUCCAGUAAUGGGGACUGCACAUGUCCAAGUGGAGUACCUCCAUAGAGUAGACUCUGUAGAAGCAGCUGCCAUGCUCCAGUGUGUGAUCACCAUGGGGACUUUUCCUAUCUUCUCAUGGUCUUUCAAUGGCUCCACCAUAACCCUGGAGCCCAAUUCCCCUACUUUUAUCCAACAUGACAAAAUUCUAGUUCUUAUACACAUCAGCCCUGGGAACUCGGGGUAUUACAGCUGUCGAGUGAGGGACAGUUUCAAUUCUAACUCAUCCUGGGUGGAGAGUGAGGAGGUCUUGGUGAAGAUGACAGAUUUAUCAACCUCCUUUAGCCCAAGCACUAACACAACAUGUGAUGUUGCUGGUUUUGAAGAGACACCUUUAGGGGUCAUCGCUGUGGUCUUCUGCUGCUUCCUGUUUGUGAUGAUUGUGGGAGGAGCUUGCUGUAUCUUCUGUACGAAGAACCCUGAGCGUGAAAUGACAGACAGCUCAGAUCAUGUACACUGCCAUGAACAUAUCAACCCUGAGAAUCAUCACACCAUGCUAGAGACUCUGUUUGAGCCACAGGUUAAAGAUAUGGAAACAGUAAUGGAAGUGGAAAUCUAGACUAAGGCAUGAUUGCUAAACAGAUCAAUCAAUUCUCACUCAGGAAUAUGAUGAGCAUGUUGACUUCAAGAAAUCACUGAGGAAACCAUGAGAGGAGCCAGACUCUAAAGAGAACCCAUCAUUUUCUGGAUGACACUGAUAUUGGGAUUAUAAAGACAAGUAACAAGUGUGUUGAAAGCAUGUUUAGUAUGAGCAUAUUGUGAAUAAGGGCAGCAGUCCUUGAAGAUACAAAUCGACAAUAUCAAAUCUACUCCCUUUUU